CGAUACCGAACAGUUCGUUUUUAAGAGUUUGUUGAAGUUUGGUGAACAAAUUUAUCAAGAAGUUACCAUGGCAGCAGCUCAUCCAUACUUUUCGGAGUACAACUCCAACUAUUAUAACGCCUACUAUAACUAUGGUCAGUUUAGCCAUGAGCAUUACCAGCCGGGGAAUUAUGCGCAGACGCAGCCUACUAGUGCACAUUAUGGAAGUUAUCAGUUCCCGUAUUCGAAUCAAGCGGAUUUACAGCAAAGUCAGCUGAAGCAAAGCGAGGAAGUUUCAACAACGACCCAAGCGGAUUCUCCAGCACGGCAUCAUCAAAUUCAGUCUUCAGGUAUGAAUUAUCCUUACCAUGCGGAAAGCAGCCAAUACUACCCGAAUCAGUAUCAUGGGCAUCAGCAGUUCAACGGACAUCACGAUUACUAUGCCUAUCAAAGAGGAUACCUGCCAUAUGCAGCCAACAGUUCGAAAACCGACUACCACCAGCAGUCUUCCUACAACCAAGUAGGCGACUUGAGUGUAUCGUCAACGGAGCAGGAUAAACAAGCAUUCUACAAAUCUACCGAGCAGAUUUCUACUGAAUCAAAACCAGCCGGCAGCAAGCGAAAACUGGAAGAAGAGCCUAGCCAGGAAGAUAGCCCAGCCCUGCGAGCGCUUUUGACGAAUCCCGCUAAGAAGCUGAAAUACAAACCUGGCUACAGCUCCACCAGCAUCCUAUCGCCCAUUAGCGACCGAUCGGUGCCGGAAAUCAUUCCGCCAUCGCCAAACAAAACCGACGACAGCAUCGAUAGCAUUUUGGAAUGUGCCAGCAGCGGAUUCGAUGCGCUCGAGUCGAACUUUUCGCUUAGUCAUCACCAGCGGCACCAUUUCACCAAUCCGGCUGCACAACCACCGGCUCCGAGUAGCACCGCCUCCAGCAACUAUGGCGAUGGGGUCAGCACUCCGCCCUUGUCACCCAAGUACCCGGAAACUGCUACGUCAUCCCCCGCCAUUUCCGAAGACAGCAAGAGAAUGGAACAUUUUGAUGGAAACUCGAAAGAAUCCACCAAGCGAACCCGCCAAUCCUACUCCCGCUACCAGACGCUGGAACUGGAAAAAGAGUUCAGCUUCAACCGGUACCUGACUCGCCGUCGCCGCAUUGAAGUUGCCAACGGUCUCAAGCUGACCGAACGGCAGGUUAAGAUCUGGUUCCAAAACCGGCGCAUGAAGGCCAAAAAAGAUCAAUCCCUCGCUAGUCCGGAGCUCCCCUUCGAAGAGCAACCGGUGAGCAAUCCUAGCGUGACCUACCAUCAUCAUCAACAUCUUCAAGCAGCUGCUCAACAUCCGCAGCAACAAGUACAUCACCUUGGUUACCCGCAGGGCACUCACAUGGCGACCCAACAUCACCAACACCAACAACAGCAGCCGCAACUCUACGAUUGCUACGAUUCGACUGGAUUGCUACGAUCGCACGACAACCUGCUCUCAAUCCCGGCCGCCAACUAUUCGCAGCCCUGUGCCCCAGCACUGGUUUAGAAACGGCCCAAACCGGAUGUCUGAAUUCGCCCGGAGCGCAAUCUCAGCACACUCCACACUUCUCCUCCUCGCCAAAACGAGAUAAUCAGCCACGUGAUGCCUUAGAGUCUAAUCAAGAAGAUGUUCCUAUUUAUUUACAUAUGUGAAAGUAGAAGUCCCCGUAAAUUUAGCUUAGGUUAAUUUUUAACAAAAAACAAUC